UCGUAGUCGUCGUGAGUCACGCAGUAAACAACUAUUAAAUUUGUAGUCGUGCUCGUAAAGUGGCGGCAAUGAACGGUACCUAUGCGGUCUGCUCCGGUUUUUACGUUUAAUCGUACUUUACGAGGUGUAGGUCAUGUUAUGCUGAAUAUUUUUUACCAUGGGAAAACUUGUUGAUUGGAUUAAACUUAGCCAUAUCGCGCUUUUAGAAUUGAUCAUGUAGUUAAAAUUAUUCAAUAUUUACCACACAUUUAACUCGCAAAGUGUAGCUUAAAGUGGAAAACUGUAUUUAAUUAACCCAGAUAAAAUUCAAAUUUAAAUAGUCUGACAAUUUAUUUGGAACUUAAAUAACUUUAUUCAGUUAUUAAAGUAAAUAUGUGGAGUGAAGUCAGAGGUAGCGGUUUUAAGGCUCUUAAAUUUUCGUGAAAAUCACCCUUACCGGAUAAUAAUUUAUAAAAUCUGAUAAUAAAUUGAUGUUAAUAAUCACAUAAAGAAUCACGUGGAAUAUAAACAACAAAAGUGAAUUUCUUUGAAUUUCUAUUACAGCUCUCUCGUGGGAACAGACAGCGAGAUAAUUAGCAAUCUAUGUGACCCUGAGUGAUAAAUAGCUUGUCAACCGAGAAUAUUAUACAUAUAAACAAAUAAUAACAGUGAACUGAUAAUAAUAGUGAACUGUAGAAAUCGUGUUGUGUAACAAAAGGUGGAAUACAUUGACUCGUUAUGCAUAUCCAACGAUACUUGUGAAUUUAAGUGAAUUGUAAAUCGUGUGGAACAAUAUUUACUUAUAUGGAAAAGAAUACUAGUGUUACAUGGAUACAGUGAAGUGUAGUACUAUUUGAGAGAAACGGAAUUUGCAGAAAAUUCUGCCACGAAGCUGUUUCCGUGUCAAUCACCGCGGCGGCCGCGUCGUUUCGACGCCCGCUGGCCGCUAUUGUAUGAGAGUCACAUGGCUAUGCGUGGCGGCGUUGUGCGGCGUGCUAAGCACGCGCGCCGACGCGCCGCCGCCGAGCGAGCUGCGAGUCACCAGCGCCGUGCUAGGCGAUGACGGCGUCGGCGCGGCGCUACGGGAGUUGGCGGCGGUGGCGUUAGCGGCGAGAGGCGUGCGCGCUAGGGCUGUACCUCCGCCGGAAGAAUGCCUCGCCCCGGCGUCGCGCAAAUGCCAUAUAGCUGUGAACCGUCUCCUCACUAGUGGCAACCUUACUGCUGCUAUACUACCCACGCCCGCCGCUGAAGCGCCACUCGACGCCAUGGAUGGCUACGGUCUCGCCGGACUCGGCGAUGCAGCGCCGCCGGCGCGGCGAGUUUGCCUCGCGGGGGGUCCGGCUGCGCCGCGCGGGGCAAGAUCUUUACUUGACCUAGUAGAUGAAGACGUCGCCGCGCUUUAUGAGUUGACGCCAGUGGAGAUCGCCAGCGUAUUUGCUAAUACCUCAAAAUGGGACGGAUUAUCGUAUCCAAACGGGACGGAAGCACUAAAAGUAUGUACGACAGGACGCUGCGCAACGCUUCUCACUAGCACCAUAACCGAAGCGAAGGAAAUAGCUACCUUAGCUCACGUUUACUCACUACGCGUACGCGUAGUUCCUCUGGGCACACAUCUAUCUGCUGUUAGAUUGCAACGCCCAUUUAUCGCAUGUGAUGCACUUAACGUACCUCCUGGCCGGCCGCUCGGCCCACCACCCUGCACUAACUCCAAAGAUUCUGCUUGCAUUUUCGAGCCAUACCGAGUACUGAAGCGUGUGAACAGACGCGCUUCUGAGCUAACGUUAAGCGCAUUACGCGUACUGACGAGGCUAAAGUUGGACGAACAUCAGUUAGCAGUACUGGGUAAAGAAGCGCGAGCACGCGGCGCGGUAGCCGCAGCAAAUGAGUUUUUAUCAAAAAAUCCACUUGCGCUAGGCGCUAGCGAAGUGCGCGUGUUGGUGAUGCUGCCGGACAAAACGCCGCGUGAAUUACAAUUGGAGCCACGAGCGCUAGCCGCCGCUGCCGCUCUGGCUGAGUUGGAUGAACAGAGCUCAUCACACGCUACGCGCUUUAAAGUGGAAACAUUCGACGAUGAAUGUUCAGGAUCUACGGCCUAUAAACAUCUGUCGGAUGCGCUAGGUACAGGUGAAUACGGUGCGUUAUCAGCGGUAGCCGGACCGGCUUGCGGCGCGGCGUUUGCGGACGUUGCUAAGCAAACAAAAUCGCAUGUGUUGCCGGUGCUGGCAUAUACGCCGCAGUCUGCAGAAGGGCCAUAUGUGCUGCGUGCGUCAGGCGAUGCGCGCGACGAGGCUGCCGCUCUAGGAGCCUUACUAUCAGCGCAGAGCUGGCGCCGAAUAGCCGCGCUUACUGAACCUGGUACACGCGCGCUGCUGGACUCUGCAAACUUGCGCGCCGACGUCGUUGUGCACACCGAGCUGCCCGACGCGGAUGUCGUGGGUGACGAUGUGGUUGGAAAAAACCCCGCCUAUGUGACAGAGACUCUUGACGAUAAAACCAAACUAGAGCCAGAUUACGAGUUGAUAUCUCAGUGGGCAACCCGAGCAGCGGCAGCAGGAGCACGUAUCCUUCUAGUAUGGCCUGAAGACGCGCGCGCACUACGCGGGGCAUUAUGUGCAGCCCGCGAAGCUAAGCUCACACCACAGGCCGGCGCGGUGUUCCUCCUCCCACCACUAGCCCCUUCUGCCCUCAUCCGAGCCGACACUGAUAAGCACCCCUGCUCAACCGAGCAGUUGCAGGAGAUGGCUGACGGCCAUCUUAGUCUGCGGCCCGCUUGGCAGAUGGAUUGGAUGCCACCCGCUGAUUGGGCUGAGCGCUGGCGUACACAGUGCAGAUUUCAGCCGGUGGUCGGCCCAUGUUCGACGCCUACGCCAAACGCGGCACUUCUGUACGACGUACUGCGUCUCUGGGCUGCUGCACUCUCCCGCUUGCUCACGCGCAAGCCCAGCGCACUUGAUGACCUGCAUCAAGAAGAGAUCAUCAAAUCACUGAUAGCCGAUGUGGAAAGUCCAGAACACAACUAUACUGGGCUUACAGGACAGUUUGCGUGGGGCAACGGCGCACGAACGGUACCACUGCGGUUGUUGCAGUGGGACAACAGCACGCAGGCGUACGCUGCCGUCGGUGAUUGGGCAAGCACAUUAAAACUGACGCCAAAUGCGAUCCGCUGGCGGACGCUUGACGGCUUACCUCCUAACGACGGCGUAGAGCCUUGCGCAUUGCAGCCACUAGCGGACGCACUACACGCAGACUGUCGCGUUGCACUUGGAACGCUUCUAGCACUACUACUGGCCGGGCUUGCAGCCGCGCUCGGCGGCGCUGGGUGGCUUCUUAAACGACGUCUAGAAACACGCUACCGCGCUCGCUUAGCUGCCCUCGGCUUGUCCACACUAGCACCUAAACUGGACGCGCUUGACCGCUGGGAACUACCACGAGAGCGUGUCGUUAUCAACCGCAAGCUCGGCGUCGGCGCGUUCGGUACAGUAUACGGCGGUCAUGCAUUACUAACUGAACGACGCGCUUGGACCGCCGUCGCCGUCAAAACGCUCAAACCCGGCGCUGGCAUGGCAGAAAAACUAGAUUUUCUUGCUGAAGCUGAAGCUAUGAAGAGGCUUGAACAUCCCAAUGUUGUGAAACUACUAGGCGUAGUCACGCACUCAGAACCAGUGUGCACUGUUAUGGAGUUCAUGCUAUAUGGAGAUUUGAAAGGAUACCUUCUGGCGCGGCGGCAUUUGGUGGAUGAAGGAGGCGAAGCCGCGGAUGAGGUAUCGCCAACCCGACUGACGGCUAUGGCUUUAGAUGCGGCGCGUGCGCUCUCAUACCUCGCUCAACUCCGUUUUGUACAUCGUGACGUAGCUGCCCGUAACUGCCUGGUCUCAGCUCGACGGCAGCUUAAGCUGGCUGACUUUGGCAUGGCGCGACCAGUAUGCGAGAGCGAUUACUACCGGUUCAGCCGCAAGGGUCUACUUCCCGUGCGCUGGAUGGCGCCCGAAUCUCUUUCUCGAGGCGUUUUCUCUCCCGCCUCAGACGUAUGGGCGCUCGGUGUUCUGCUGUAUGAGAUCGUGACAUUUGGAGCCCUACCGUAUCAAGGGCUCGGUAACUCACAGGUGCUGGCACGCGUCACACGAGGACGAUCGCUUCGCCCACCGCCUGGAUUGCAGCCCAACCUGGAGGGUCUGAUGAAGUCCUGCUGGCAGCAAGAGCCGGCGGCGCGUCCAAGCGCGGCGGCAGUCGCUGCUUUCCUAGCUGACUCUCCGCGUCUUUUGACGCCGUGUCUUGUCGCGUUCGACGUUUUGCCGCUCGACCCGCCGCGGCCGUCUGAACACUCUGAACACGAGGACCUUCAAGAACGCUGGGUGUCGUGGGCGGCGCCGCCGUCCGCCGCCACCGACACAACGUACCUCAGCGCCGACGCCGACGCCGACACGGAGCCAGAUUCGCCCGGCGUCGACGUGCCCGUAGAAACACAGCGGUUCCUCCCUUGACAUAUCAGGAGAUUCAUGAGGCUGUUGCGUAAAAACUUACAAGCUAAACCUUCUAUAAAGAUAAACUUCAAAUUAUUCGAAAUGACCAAUAGAUGACGCCCUGCUGUCACCCGUAUUGGAAAUGAAAAUUAAAUGACUUGGACUGAAAUAGAUGUAUUAUACAAAAUAAGAAGUGAUAAAGCCCUCUGGUGGCCGACGCCGGAAUCGAACUGGCGUCUUCUGCUCAUGCGAGUCAUGCGACUUACGUCUUGACCACUAAACCACCCGACUGCGGCGGUCGAUGUCGAAUGGCUCCUCUACACGAUGGGCUAACGCCGGCCACUUCAAGGGACGCACUUAUGCGUUAGAGGGAGCAAGUGAUAUUGCUAUCUCAUUCUACCGCAUGGCUGCGUCCCUUGUAGUGGCCGGCGCCCAUCGUGUAGAGGAGCCAUAUCUUUGGUCAUAAGACCCACAAGCAUAACAAUGUGUAUGAAUCAAUGAUAUAAAUGGUUACUUACUUAUUCGUAUGAAUAUUUUGAACAUUAUUCUCAAUAUUGUCAGGUAAUGUUCUCUAUGUGUAAUGUAUAAGGCCACUAGAGGACACUAACGAAAGAGAUAAAAUAUACUAAGUACCUACUUAAGUCUUAGGGGUUUUCCAUACACAUCGUUACAGUUGUAACCAAAAAACCGGGCAAGUGCGAGUCGGACUCGCGCACGAAGGGUUUCGUACCAUAAUGCAAAAAAAACGAAAAAAAAAGCAAAAAGAAAACGGUCACCCAUCCAAGUACUGACCACUCCCGACGUUGCUUAACUUUGGUCAAAAAUCACGUUUGUUGUAUGGGAGCUCCAUUUAAAUCUUUAUUUUAUUCUGUUUUUAGUAUUUGUUGUUAUAGCGGCAACAGAAAUACAUCAUCUGUGAAAAUUUCAACUGUCUAGCUAUCACGGUUCGUGAGAUAUACAGCCUGGUGACAGACGGACGGACGGACGGACGGACGGACGGACGGACAGCGAAGUCUUAGUAAUAGGGUCCCGUUUUACCCUUUGGGUACGGAACCCUAAAAAUGGAGAGUAAUACUUAUGACGUUUUUUUAACACAAUAGCUAAGCACUGUACAUUUUUAUGCAAUAGGCUCAUUAUAGCUAAUUAUCGCAUGGUAAAGAACUAGUGCAUUACGAUACAGUGCGAAAACUAGGAAAUUCACAAGUAGAGGCGAUAAAUUAGAUAAAACACGACUGAAGAAAUGUUUUAAAUCGACACGAGUUGCGAUUACCUUUUCGCACGUGUAUUGUACAAUGUUUUACUGUACAUUUCGGCCGUUUAAGUUUUCGACAUACGCACAUACAGGGUGUCCCAGAAUUCGACGUCAAGCCGUAAACGGAUGAUAGACCAAGUCAUAACAGUUAUCAUAAAAAUACAAAAAAAAAUCCAACUCAUCACUUUAAAAAUUCACUAAAAUAUCCACACCCUGUAAUUAUUCAAGAUUACACAAUAAUAAAAAAAUUAGAAUAAAAGAGUUAAAGAACUAUUACGGGGUGUGGAUUUUUUAGUGAAUUUUGAAAGUGACCAUAAUUUUUAAAAAACAUGAGUUUUUUUUUUUGUAUUUUUAUAACUGUUAUGACUUGGUCUAUCAUCCGUUUACGGCUUGACGUCGAAUUCUGGGACACCCUGUAUGUAUACCUAGUGCUAGUUACCGCACUAGGGAGGUAAAUUAGCACCAUAUGUACUGUAAAGAUAUAAAUGAUGUCCUCUAGCCGCCCAGCCCAGACGUUGAAACUUGCCAAGAAAAAUGCAAUUUUGAUUUGUCAAAACAAAGAUUCAAAUUAGAAUGAAUGAAUGAAUGUUUAUUUGCUUCAAACAAGCGUAUAUAUGGGUGUUACAUUUUGUUUUUGUACGAUCCUUGUUUUGCCAUGACUGGCGUACAAAUAUUGUUUGUACUGUAAGAAUGGAACACGAGACCUUUUUAUAUGUCUCUGGGCGGCUAAAUGAUAUGCCAAUCCGUCUUUUUAUCGAUAACUGAGGAGAGAAUAUUUUUAGCGAUAAACGAUAAGGUAAACGUCCCAGUGUUUGACUAUCUCAAUUGCAUGGAAAUACGGUGACAAAGGUAAAGUGCCAAACACUGGGACGUUUGCGUGACCUUCAUAGGCUACACUACACAUUCCAUUGUCUAGUCAAUUAGUUAACUAUUUAUAAUAAGUAAAAGAAUGAUCUUGUAAAUAUAAUAUAAAUAUAAUUUAUCAAACA